AUGAAGGAUGGUGCAGCAGCUGAGGCCCUGGGGUACAAAGGCCUGAAGACACUAAUAUGUAAAACUGAUGGAAAAAUCCAGACAGCAGUACGGGAGAACCAGGACUAUGUGGGAGUUGAAAAUCAAACCCCAAUUGGAGAGCGAGAGCAGAAAGAACAGAAAGAGCUUGAAGAUAAGAAGCCCCCUCAGGCUCACCCAAGAGGGAACCAAGAGGGAUUAAGAUGGAAAACAGAUGCCGAGACCCAGACACCAGAGUGGGGGAACCAAGGGAAGAGUGGAAGUGAGGAUGCUGUAGAGAUUCAGUCAUUUCAGAAGCAAGAGAAAGAGGCCAGAAGGGAGGAAAAAGAGAUCCAAGGAUGGACUGGAGGGGAUAGUGGUAAGAAGUCCAAGGUGCCACAGCAAGAGACACAAGGCCAGGCUGGCAUUGAUCCUGGUGCAGAAACUGAGGCAGAGGAGAGGAGAAACCAGGACCAGGCCGGAAGUGCGGGUGCUGUGCAAACCCAGACAUCUGACGGGGAGAACCUGGGAGCAACCCAACAAGAUGGUGACGAUGCAGAGAUCCAGACCCUUGAGUGGGGACAGCACCGAUGCGUUGGAAACGAGAAACUUACUGAAAUACAAACACCACUGGGGGUGAAACAAGGUGGCCACGAGGAGAAGCCAGAGAAUGGCGAGCAGUGA